AGCCAUGCCGAUAAGCUUGAGGUGGAGUAUCUUCUUAUAUGAAAUUGUUCUUUUUACUAAAAAAAAAUCCUAAAUAUAUAAAAACCCCCCAAUUCCCAGCUACCAACGAUUGUAACGACGACGACGGUAAUCAGCGGCGCCGAGGUAUUUGUGUAUUGUCAAUAAUAUAAUCCAAAGAGCAUGAGCAAGAGAAGAGAAACUCUCUGAACCUGUAGUCUUUACUGCACGAGUGUUACCAUAGAAAGCGGAGGUUGAAGAAGAUGGCGUGGGGGCAAUUACUCUUCAGCAAAACCACAAAAUCUACUGCUUAUACAACCCCUGCUGUUGCUAGAUUCUUCUCCAAAUCGAUUCCAUAUGAGGUGAAAGUUGGAAUACCAGAAUUUUUGAAUGGGAUAGGGAAAGGGGUUGAAACCCAUGUGGGCAAGCUUGAAGCUGAGAUUGGUGACUUCCAGAAGCUUCUUGUUACCCGUACUCUUAAACUCAAGACUCUUGGGGUCCCUUGUAAACAUAGGAAGCUGAUACUGAAAUAUACCCACAAGUAUCGACUGGGACUGUGGAGGCCUCGAGCGGAACCUGUGAAAUCAUAAUUGGUUUGUACUAGCUGAAUGUAGAAGGUAACACAGCUGAACAUUUCACUUGUGAAACUUUGUUAGUCAAGAGUGUCAAUUGUUGAACAUUCUUACAUGUUUCCUAUUCUAGUUCAAAGUCUUGGUUUCUGACUAUUUGUCUUUACCUUCAUUUCAAAUUUCAUCAAUGAGAUUUUGUGUUAAACUGCAUAAGUGUACCGAAUCACGUUCGGCGGUCUUUCCAUUAGAUGUUUUGAUAUUUAGUUCAUAGUUACAAUCCAA